UUAGACCUUACAAAUAAACGAACAAGCUUAAACAUAUGCUCUAUUAACAUAAUAAACAAUAACCAACAUUUAGAUAUUUACUCAUUUUAUCUGGGCUACACAAAUAAUAGAAAAUACUCAUUGUCACUGCUUGUUUUUGUAUUUGAGUGUAAAUAUGAUAUCAACUGGACAGUAUCAAGAAAGCGGACAAACCGGAGCGUCCUCGGUGACUGCGCCUUUGGACGGAGCUGCAACGUGCAAUGUAGUACCCACAUAGAGACGCGCGAUGGAGCACUCCCUUCAAUAGCUGGAAAACAGCAGUAUUUUAGUUUAUAACUAACGUAAUUUCUCUGAUCACCAGAGGGCAGCGUAAAAUAGCACAUGACCGACGUCAAUGCCAACAUUCUGUUUCCAUGUUUGAAUACCGCAGGUUUCGGUGUAGCAGGAGCUAGUUGGCUGUGGAUGCGGAUCUUACGUUCCCUUCAUUCAAACGACUGCAACUAUAGCUGUCUAGCCAUAUAGCUGUUUAUUUCUCACCGCUGUCGGACUAUACGGCCCUGCGUACAUGCAUGCUGUUAACCUGGUGCAAUUCGAAGUAACCUUGUAAAAUGUGACGGGUCUCCUCCUGCUAUGGCCUCAGGAGGCAGUGUGGUUGAAGAGAGAGAAGUACAUAGUCUCCUGCAGGUGCCCCCCAGUGAAGUGCUCAAACACACAAUACACUCUACAGCCAAGAAGAACAUGAAGGAGGUGGAUAUUUUUAAAAAGGAGGAAAUAAAUAAAAAAAGGUCCCCUUUCGACCAUUCAGCACCGAGUUACAGCAAAGCAAAGCGAGUGUUGUCGUGCAAGAGGAGGACGAGCAACAGUAGCUGGUGGAGGUCGGUCGCGGCUGGCAGGAGUUGUGACAUGGCCAACAAGGAGAACGAGCUGGACUGUGCUGAGGAUGUGGAGGACAGCUGCUAUGGUGAGCCCUGUCGCAUCCACCUGAACUCCAAGAUGGAUGCCGUGGGGUCACGGUACAGCGAGUACUUUGCAGAGCUGUCAAAGGACCAUGAUGCAAUGACCCAUGUACUUUUUGGAAGGAAUCUCAGGCUGAAUGUAGCUUUGACUCUUUGGCGAAGAAAUGCAAGUGAAUUAGUCGCAUACCUGAUCAGAAUUCAAGACACUGGUGUACUUGUUGACUGCUUGCCUGUUAUUACAAAAAGUCUUCAAGACGACAUGUCUCAGAUAUCUAUUGGCUGUUGCGUCGACCUCCUACCACUAGUAAAAAUCAUUCUUGUCAGUAAAUAUGAAGAAUACCUUGUAGUCGGUUUACACUGGGUUCAGUCCGUCAUUAAAAAAUGGUGGCCAGAACUGUCUGCAAAUGGCAGGGGAGACGGCUAUUCAGACUACCGGAAUGUUCAAGUCAUGAAACAACAGCUGCAGGACUUGUGGCAACAGGGAAGUCAGCUGAGUUUAGUUCCAGGAACUACAGGUGAAAUAGCAAAGGCUAUAGAGUUGUGUUUAUCACAGCUGCAGUGAAGUCUGCUUGUUUCACACUGGGGAUUUGACUACUCCGAGCACUUGACAGUUGAAAGAACUGCUUUCCAGCUCCAGCUAGCACUGGGGCGCGAUGAACUGAAACUGACCAAGGCUGCAGAUGCACAGAAUAAUCACUGGGCAGAUGAAAGGAGGGAAACUGCAGCCUUUAUUUAAGAAU